CCUCCGCCCGGUCCGGCGCCGCUCUGCCCCGCCGGCUCCCCGCGCCCCGCCAGCCAUGGUGAACCUGGGCCUGUCCCGGGUGGACGACGCCGUGGCCAGCAAGCACCCGGGACUGGGGGAGUAUGCCGCGUGCCAGUCGAACGCCUUCAUGAAGGGCAUUUUCACCUUUGUCACAGGAACCGGUGCGACCGUCGGCCUGCAGAUGCUCGUUCAGAGGAAGUUUCCGUACCCCUUUCAGUGGAACGUGCUGGUGGCCGUGGUCGCAGGCUCAGUGGCCAGCUACUGGGUGACCCGAGUGGAGUCGCAGAAAUGCAGCAACCUCUGGCUCUUCCUGGAGACAGGGCAGCUCCCCAAAGACAUGGACACAGAUCGGCACAGCUAGGAGAGCUCCAGCCAGGGCACAGAAGACCUGGGGCCGGAGAGUUCUAGAGCACAGCCCUCAGCACCUCUGCACCCGAGGCUGGCCUCCCCACACCCAUGUCCCCUGCACACAUGCAUGGCCAUCUCUGUCAGACCUGAGCAAACAGCUCCUGCCCAGCCUGGACGCCCAGAAGGUCAGACCAGGAGGUGCUGCCCCUGGGGUGGCUGGCCUCCUUCAGGGCAGCGAGAAGCGUGGUGGACACAGAGCUGGAGAAGAGCAGGCCUGUCUCAUGCAUGUUUGGGGGUGGCAGCUCUGGGGUGGGGGGUUGGGCCUUCUGCACUUCCUGCUGCUGAUAUGCCCUUUCUGACCCCUGCAUCCCCCCGCCCACCCCAGUCAGAGCCGACAGCUUCUGCUGGGGGUUGUGGGACUAAUAAACGCUUUCCCGCUUCC